GCGCUUCGUCAUUACGGUUGCGACUCUUCCAAGUAUAAUUGAAUGUGCUGCUCAUAUCCAAAGGUUCAGAAUAUACUGCCGUCAGUCAUUAAUUGAGCUAUCAACUGAGCCAUCAUGACGCGCAUCAUCCGAGUGGCCAUCCUGGAGACCGACACGCCCAUCGACCCCGUCCUUGAUCGUUAUGGGACCUACGGCGUGAUAUUCAACCGUUGGUUGAAAACAGGACUUCAAGACCUUGGAGCUACUGAUACUGAGAUGCAAACAACGAAUUGGGAUGUGGUGAAUAAAUCCGAAUAUCCUAAGCCAGAGGAUUUCGACGCACUCUUGUUGACAGGCAGCAAGCACGAUGCGCAUGCAGAUGUACCAUGGAUCAAUGAGUUGGUGAAAUAUGUCCACGACAUCCACGAGCAACACAAGAAGCCCAUUAUUGGCAUAUGUUUCGGACACCAGAUUGUUGCGCGUGCCCUCGGAGCACGCGUGGCCCGGAACGAGGAGGGAUGGGAGAUCUCAGCCGAAUCAUUUCCACUGAGUGAUACUGGGAAGCAGUUGUUCUCGAAAGAAUCAUUGGCGAUACAUCAGAUGCACCGGGAUAAUGUGUUCGAGGUGCCCCCAGGAUGCGUCAACCUUGGAUCUAGCCCUCGAUGCGAGGUGCAAGGAUUCUAUCUACCACAGCGUGUAUUGGCUUUACAAGGACAUCCGGAGUUCGAUGAGUUUGUGAUGACGGAGUUGAUCAAGCUUCGACAUGCGAUGGGACGUUUCGAUGCCGAGCUCGCUAAAGAUGGAUUAUCAAGAGCUGGGAAACACCAUGAUGGUGAGCUCAUUGCGAAGGUCGCUUGUAAAUUUAUUCUUGAGUAACAUAUAAAUGAUUUAAGGGGUUAGUAUCGGAAUGACAGGUUUAGAAAGAUACACCGUGAGCAUAAGAUGUCACUAAGAACCGUGAACUAGAUGUCGGUGCACCUUUGUAACGUUAUGAGAAUAACGAUCAAUAAUUUCCAUCGAGAGAACCAGAACUCUGGGGAAUCGAAGUGAACUGUGCCGACUACGAAACG